AUGGCAUACAGCGACUUCCACGGAUGUCCCUCCGACCCCUGGGCAGAAGACAACGACCCACUGCUCGACACGGACGGUUCCAUCCUCUACGAGACAGACUACGACGGCCUGCUAUGCGCAAUCAUCAAGCGCGACGAUGUGACUACAUUAACGCGAUACCUCGCGAAAUACCCUAGGGCAGCCAUUGCCCCUAGCAUGGGAGACUUCUGCGACCCUUUCUACAUCGCUGCGAAGAACGGCAGCCUCAACGCCCUGCGCAUGCUCGUUAAACACCAUUACCAAAACGCCGGUUCUAUACCACUAGACGGAACCUGUUUGGUGCCACCCAACGAACGAGGCUUUUUGAUAUUGAAUAUCGCAUGCUAUCACGCCCAUAUUGAGAUGGUCCGCUUUCUGUUGGACGGAGAACCUCCUCUUGGGUCUGUCUAUGCGAAGGAUGAUUGGGGUGAGACGGCGUUGCUGGCCGCUGCGGCGUCUCUUUCUACGUUGGGGAGUGAUGCAGAUGAGAUUGAUCAUGGUGCUCCAGAGUGGAUGGAUAGGCGUCUUGCUCGAAGAGAGGAGUUGAUCCAUCUGUUGCUGGACAGUGACGCUCCCGCUCGUUACAUGCGCGACCAGGUCGCGGGCAGGGAGAAGAUCAACUUAAUGCCGGUGCCAGUGGACACUGUUCUCGGUCGGGCGAUCUCAAGGGCCAGUUAUGCGUUGGUGAAACGCCUCAUAGAUGCAGGGGCUGAUGCGCUUGAAAGGGAAGAGUAUUCUGAAAUGUGUGGGCAAUGGGACUUCAUUGGGGAUGUCACCAAGCUUCACAUCGCUAGCAGGUUCUGGAAUGUAGAGGGGAUUCGAGCUCUCUUUGAUCACCUAGGUGAGCACGAGUUUAGAUUGAUGAUAUCAUGUCGUGAUAGCGAAGGAUGUCUACCGCUCCACUGGGCUGCCAAAGGUGCUCGCGAUUGUGAUGAGAACUUACUCCCUGAGGACCAGUUUAUUUCUGACAUCAUUCGUACCUUUGAGCUUCUCUUGUCGAAUGGUUUGAACACGAUCAAUAGUCCGGAUAAUGGGGGAAGAACAGCCCUGCAUUAUGCAGUUGGAACCCACGCUCCAUGUGGUACCGGUCACCGUAACACUGUGAUUCGGUUCCUAUGUGAACAUAGGGCCGAUGCCAGUUUACAGGACAAUAAUGGACAGACUGCAUUGCAUAUAUUGGCAUUCCACUCUUUAUCCGGCUGUCCCAUUGAUCCUGCUCUGCUAGACCUCCUGAUGAAACAUGGUGCCGACGCGUACCACGCCGAUAACAAAGGCAACACUGUUCUCCAUGUAAUGGCAAGAAAUUUACAGGAGGUCGGGGCAGUUCAGCACCUGAUCAACAUAGGUGUUGAUGUUAACACAGUAAAUGCAGUGGGAAACACACCUCUGCAUGAUGCAAUGUCUGGGGGUGUCUGGCCCCGAAUGAGCCAAACCAAAGACCCUGUGACGUUGGCUGAUCAGAUAAGUGCGCAGGAUGAGAUGAUUCGGAUUUUGCAGGAAGCUGGACGGCCUGGUUUGAUGGACCAACCGAAUACAGCUGGAAAGACGCCACGGCAAUUGUUCGACGAGACCAGGGCCAAGUGGCAAACAAGAGGAAAUUUCAGGGUACGGCCAUCGAGUGGAAAGAGCAGCGGCUGUCCUUUAUAA